GGGGGUCCUUGUGGAGUUUUAAUCCCAGAGAGUCAAGCUCUCAGGACGGACCAUGGAAGGGACAUCACCUCCUGAGAAUAACAACGUGGUGGCCUGGUUCACAGAGUUCCAAUGGAACCUCAUCUUAAAAAACGGAAUAAUUCCAGAAUGGUUCCAUGGAAUAAUUUCCAGGAAGACCUCAGAGGAAAUGCUCCUAACCAAACCAGUGGGCUACUUCCUGAUUCGAGUCAGUGAGAGCAGAACAGGAUACACACUAUCUUAUCGGGCGGAAGAUCGCUGCCGGCACUUCAUGAUUGACGCGUUGUCUGAUAAUCAGUACGUGAUUGUUGGAGAGAACAGACGUCAUCAGUCACUCCAUGACCUUGUGGCAUACCAUCGUAGAUUUCCCAUCAUACCUUUCACAGAGCUUCUGACAGUGGCCUGUGGACAGAUUUCGAAGGACAGCACGGAUUACGCUGAGUUGAUGUUUACCAAAGCAAGACCCCCACCACCUGGGCUUGAGCCAUACCCAAGCAAUUCACCGCAGCCACUCCAACCGCACCAAUUUCAUCCGAAUUCAAAAGGAAACACACCUCCGCCCCUUCCAGUCAGAAACCUAUCGCCUGAGCCUGCUGUUUCAAGCCCAAAAGUGAGAAAUGUGUCAGCCCCUGGAACAAACCCAGCUCCCAGACUUUACCCCUGUCUGGAAACUGAACUGGGAGCGCUCCCUCUUCAAAACACGGUAAACCCAGCAAGACCAGUGCCAAAGCCGCAUUUGCAAUGCUCUGCCAGUUCUGUACCAAUGGGCGCACCACCUCAGAUACCAGCCCGGAGCUGCGUAACACCGAAAAAGGACCAGAGCCCCUCGAGAGUCGACAGGCAACAGAGACCUGUUCAGCCCUGCACUGACAAGACUGUAAGCUCAUCGGGAACCCACUGUGAAGACCAAGGCAAUCUCCAACCCAGAAAACAAGACAUGAAAUCAUCCGCCGUAACAGGCCUCAUCAACCUGAAAAAGAAGUUUCACAAGAAGACAAACCUUUCUGAGGAGCACACGUAUGCAGAGAUCUCUGGAGAGGGGGAUACGUCACGUCCAGGAGCUGCAGCUGUGGAAGGCAGAGCCACUAACACUGAAAAUGAGUAUCAGGAAAUUCCAGGAGAAAAGCCGGUUGCAGAAUCGCAGCGGAAAUUCUCUCCUGAUGUCAUUGUGAAUGGUCAAGGUAAAGGUACAUCUUUACCAAUGGAGUAUCUGCAGCCUCCUCCCUAUGCCCCUGGUUAUUGUGGUAACUGAAUGAAUUUUGUAAGCGUU